UGGUACAGACAGACAAGAAGGCCAAAAAAGCCUCCAUUCCCUCUUCCCCUUCUUUUUAUUUUUUAACUUUCGUUGUCUUGUAUGCUAGAAGGAGUAACAGUAAUGGCGGUUUGUGGUGGUGAUUAUAGCACUGGUGAAGUGGUUGGUGGGAGAGAAUAAAUGCUGGGUUUGAGAGAACAAAAGGCCCUACAGGGUGCUUAUUAUGAGUUAUGAGGAAGAGAGAGAGAGAGAGUGAGAGAGACAGAUUGGGUUUGAUGUUUGAUGCAUAUCAUUGUGAAAAAAGAAAGUGUUUGGGAAAGAGAGAGAGAGAGAGAGGGAUGAACAUGCACGUGGUUGAGCUUCUUCUGGUGCCAACCGCUAAGUACAUGGAUUAUUAAAAGGAGUUUUUGUAUUAAAUUUGGCUCACCUGCUUCCUUUCUUUUCCAGCCGAGACAAAGAGUCACCAUUUCCACACAUUCACUCCCAUGCUUGCCUGCCCCCCCAUUCUUUUUCUCUCUCUUUCUCUUUCUCUUUCUCUUUCUCUUUCACUAACUUAUCAAGCUUCGAUUUUGGUGCUUGGGGUUCGGCCCCAGAGAAGAAGAAGACCCAGAUCUUUGUUGUUCAGGCUUGACAGAGAGAACCCAGAAGCAGAAGAAGAUAUUGUUAUAGUUUCGCCGCUAACUGAGAAAGAGAUUUUGCUUCAAUUCAAGGGAAACAUUUCCCAUGAUCCGUACAAGAGCUUACGUUCAUGGGUUUCGAGUGGGGAUCCUUGCCAAUAUUACAGUGGUGUGUUCUGUAACUCAGCUGGAUUCGUUGAAAGGAUUGUGUUGUGGAACACUAGUCUUGCUGGGAUAUUAUCCCCGGCUUUGUCGGGUUUGAAGUAUUUGAGGAUUUUAACAUUAUUUGGAAAUCAAUUUUCGGGCAAUAUCCCACAAGAAUAUGCUGACAUUCAGACCUUGUGGAAGAUCAAUUUCAGUUCCAAUGCGUUAUCCGGGUCAAUCCCAGAGUUUAUUGGUGAUUUACCAAGCAUUCGGUUUCUAGAUUUGUCAAGGAAUGGUUUUACUGGGGAGAUUCCAUCAGCUUUAUUCAAGUAUUGUAAUAAAACCAAGUAUGUUUCUCUGUCUCAGAACAAUCUUUCGGGUUCUAUUCCUGUAUCAAUUGUGAACUGCAUGAACCUUCAAGGGUUUGAUUUCUCUUUCAACAAUCUCAGUGGUGGCAUUCCCUCGGGUGUUUGUGAUAUUCCAAUCUUAGAGUAUCUAAUUUUAAGAAGCAAUAUGCUAUCAGGAAGUGUUCAAGAGCAGAUUUCAGGAUGCCAAAGCUUGAAAAUUUUGGACCUUGGUAGCAAUUUGUUUUCUGGGCUGGCACCAUUUGGCGUUCUUGGAUCGAAAAAUAUUUCUUUAUUCAAUGUAUCCCAUAAUGGGUUUUAUGGGGAGAUUCCUGAGAUGACGACAUGCAGUGAGAGAAUGGAGUUUCUGGAUGCUUCAGCGAAUAAUUUGGAUGGGGAAAUUCCACUGACCAUUACAAAUUGUAGAAGUCUCAAGGUUUUGGACUUGGGGCUUAACAGGCUGAAUGGGAGUAUCCCAGUAGGAAUUGGAGGCAUGGGGAUGCUAUUGGUGAUUAGAUUGGGUAAUAAUUCGAUAGGUGGGGCGAUUCCGAAGGAGUUUGGAAGCAUUGAGCUGCUCCAGGUUCUGGAUUUGCACAAUCUCAAACUUGUUGGCGGAAUUCCCAACGAUAUAAGCAAUUGCAGGCUUCUUCGUGAGCUGGAUGUUUCUGGGAAUGCUCUAGGGGGGGAAAUUCCCGAUACCCUUUACAACAUGACUAACCUGGAAGUCCUUGACCUACAUCAAAACCAACUCAAUGGGAGCAUCCCUCCAAGCCUAGGAAACAUUUCAAAACUCCAAUUUCUCGAUCUGUCACAUAAUUUGAUUUCUGGACCAAUCCCCUCUUCUCUUGGAAAUCUUACAAUGUUAACUCAUUUUAAUGUCUCCUACAAUAACCUCUCAGGCACCAUUCCUUCAACUAUCCAGAAUUUUGGUCCAUCUGCAUUUUUUAACAACCCCCUGCUCUGUGGCCCCCCCUUGGACACAUCUUGCUCAGCAAAUGGCAAUAGGACGAGUUCGACAUCAAGGAAAACAAAGGUGCUAAGCAAUUCUGUCAUUGUCGCAAUUAUUGCUGCUGCUCUGAUCCUUAUUGGGGUUUGUGUAGUAUCCAUCAUGAACAUCAGGGCUCGCAGUAGGAAAAGAGUCGAUGAAACAAUGGUUGUUGAGAGCACGCCUCUAGGUUCAACGGAAUCAAAUGUAAUAAUUGGGAAGUUGGUUCUCUUCAGCAAAAGUUUGCCCUCUAAGUAUGAAGACUGGGAGGCUGGCACCAAAGCUUUGCUUGACAAGGAGUGUCUGAUUGGUGGUGGGUCGAUUGGUAUGGUCUACAGGACUAAUUUUGAAGGCGGGAUCUCAAUUGCAGUGAAGAAGCUUGACACUCUAGGACGGAUCAGAAGCCAAGACGAAUUUGAGCAAGAAAUCGGACAGCUAGGCAACCUUCGACAUCCAAACCUUGUAGCUUUUCAGGGUUAUUACUGGUCCUCGACAAUGCAGUUGAUUCUAUCUGAAUUCAUCCCAAACGGGAAUCUGUAUGAUAAUCUUCAUGGGCUUGAUUAUGCAGGCACCAGUACUGGUGGCAGCAAUACUGCAUUGUAUUGGUCUAGAAGGUUUGAGAUUGCGCUUGGAACGGCAAGAGCCCUAGCUUACCUUCACCAUGACUGUAGACCUCCAAUUCUUCAUCUCAACAUCAAAUCGACUAACAUACUCUUAGGUGAGAAGUAUGAAGCCAAGCUGUCAGAUUUUGGGUUGGGAAAAUUGCUUCCCAUUUUGGAUAACUAUGGUUUAACCAAAUUCCACACUGCAGUUGGGUAUGUUGCUCCAGAGUUGGCUCAAAGUUUGAGACUGAGUGAGAAAUGUGAUGUUUAUAGCUUCGGGGUUAUUCUUCUAGAGCUGGUUACAGGGAGGAAACCAGUGGAGAGUCCUAGAGCAAAUGAGGUGGUGGUUUUGUGUGAAUAUGCUAGGGGGUUGUUGGAGAGUGGCUCUGCUUCAGAUUGUUUUGACAGAAGUUUGCGCGGGUUUGUGGAGAAUGAACUUAUUCAGGUUAUGAAGCUGGGGCUCAUUUGUACAUCUGAGACUCCUUCAAGGAGACCAAGCAUGGCAGAGGUUGUUCAGGUUCUUGAAUCUAUCAGAACUGCAUUGGGGUAAUAUGAUUAGUGUACAUUAGAGGGUUUAUGGACAACCUACAAAAAUUAACAACAUAUUUUUGGAACAGAUGUGGAAGCAAAUGCUCUAGCUGCAAUUGAACAUUGUUUAGUUGUGCAGAGGAGACAAAGGAAUUGCUCAUUUAACAUAUAUAAGAAAUAGAAAAUUGAUUCUUUCGUAUUUGUUUUUGAGUUAUCAUCAUCAAUUGUUCAUGACAUUUAUAAUCUUUUGUAAUAAAAUCAUUCGUUUAUUGUU